GCGUCAGAACUCCAGCUUUGAAAUCCCAUCCCUUCGCCUUUGUUGUCCCGUGUGAGGGGCGUGUGUGCAAACAAUCGGAGCCGUAUAAGUAGAGGAGUCCCGAGUCUCUCCACAAAGUAGCAGAGAAUCUCUCCCGCUGACAAGUUCUCCGCUGACAGCUCAUCUUCUUGGGAUUUAGGCGUGUAGUGGAUGGGCAUGAUGCACCGCGCACUGAUGAGGAUUCUGCUGUCCCUGGUCACGCUGGCUUCCACCUUCUUCCAUGGAGCCUCCACCUAUGUCAUGAAGGCCAGCUCCGGCUCCAACUCCAUCAAGAAUGUCCCUGCAGCCCCGGCCGGGCAACCUAUGGGCUACUAUCCGGUCAGUGUCAGCCCGGACUCCUUCUAUGACAUGGCCAACAAAUACCACUCUUUUGAUGCCUACCCGCUGUACUCUUGCACGGAGGACGAUGACUGCGCUCUGGAUGAGUUCUGUCACAGUUCCAGAAAUGGGAACUCUAUGGUGUGCCUGGCAUGCAGGAAACGUAGGAAGCGCUGUCUGCGGGAUGCCAUGUGUUGCAUGGGCAAUUACUGCAGCAAUGGAAUCUGCGUGCCCGUAGAACAGGAAAAUGACCGCUUCUCACAUCUUGGUUACCAAGAAGACACCAUCAUGGAAACCUACCAAAGUGAACAUGCUACUAUGGAUACCAACACUAAGUUCACUACAUCUCCAGCUGGAGUUCAACCUUUUAAAGGUCGCGAUGGUGAUGUAUGCCUUAGGUCCAGCGACUGUGGCCCAGGACUGUGCUGCGCUCGUCAUUUCUGGUCAAAGAUCUGCAAGCCUGUUCUUGAAGAAGGCCAAGUGUGCACGAAACACAGGAGAAAGGGUUCACAUGGGCUGGAGAUCUUCCAGCGAUGUCACUGUGGAGCAGGGUUGUCCUGCAAAUUACAGAAAGGAGAAUUCACAACCGUGCCUAAAUCCUCCAGACUUCAUACUUGUCAGAGGCAUUGAACUCCCCGCUGGACUUGGUUCUAUAGUAAGCUAUGACUCUGCUUGACAACUGGUUUGCUCUUCGGAUUUAAUGCUGUUCAAAAACCAGUUUGCAUUGCAUACUCUGGCUAUCCAGGGUCACGUGAAUGGUUUCUUUUUAUGGAACUGCACUUUAUUUACAGUGUUUGCAGUACAUUACUGUGUUGUAAAUACAAACGCAACUCUCGGUUGUAUAUAUUUAUAAAGAAUAAGAGUUUCUACGUCUCUCCCAUUUUUUCCUUUCACCUCAUAAAUGUACAUCCAUAUCCCUUUUCCCCUUUUUAUAUGGUACAUAUGAUUUAUGUUAUAGAAUGUCUGCAUCUUUAUUUUAAAUAAAAUAUGCUGAAAAGUAA